AUGGCCGACACUGAUCCUUGGCGGUGGAGCGUAGACGAGCUCGUCGCCCAAGUCUGCCACUCGCAUACGCUAUUCAACACUGCAGGCGAGUACACUAAUAUUCCACCUGGUCCAGCACUCGAGAAGGAGAUCAGAGCCCGAAACAUGACAGGAAAAGAGUUCCUUACUACCAUCGAUAGCCGUGCGCUAAUACUAAGAAAUGAAUUCAAAAUCCCUCACCUCAUCCAGCGACUCGCUCUAUGGUCCGUCAUAGGAAUGCUUCGCGAAAGGCCUUCUAUACACAACCAGCAUAAUCUCACCACAAGCGUGCAACCGCCCGAUAACAACAUCACAAAAGCGUCACCAGCUCUAGACGUUGAUGCAUGCCUUCACGACAGAUCCAGUCCUCACGACACACCCAACCUCCACGGGGCCGGUCGGAGACGGAAAAAGGUUGAACUUGUCUCCAUGGAGCCGUUGCAGCGAGCCCAGGCAGGAGCCGACGCCGACGCCGACGUCGACGUCGACGAAUUUAGCCAUCUUCUGCGAUGGCACGAUCCAGACGUCGAGGACAACAUAAUCGACUUUGCCUGGCAAGAUGACCCAGAAGAAGAGCAUGCUGCAGAAGACGACCCAGAGCUUUCUGAAGACUCGGAGGAAGAGCCGCCUAGCCGGACAACUCUCACUGUUGAUGAGAUUGUCGAGAUUAUCAACGAGCGCAUCGCUUUCUAUAGCGAGUCGUGGAGACCAAACGCGGGCGUCCCGCGAGGCGAAGAGGUCGUAUAUGACGUUGAUGCUAUGUGGGACGAGGCAGAGGCUUCAGGCAAAAGACAACAUCUCAUACAGCAGCACGAAACAGACUAUGCCUACUAUAGCAACCGGCUUGACAAGCUGUGCGACGAGAUUGUCCAGUCUCCGGGAAGCAACGCAGAUAAAGUACGGAAACAAUGCCGUAAUCUUGAGACCACUAUCGAGUUGAUGGAGCUAGCUGGAUGGUUGCGCGACAUCUACAAACUUGAGCCUGUUGAAAGUAGCGAGGCUGAAAGCGAAAGCCAUCCUAGUAAUGUCACCGCUCACGCUAUACCUAUGGAGUUUAUCGAUUUAGAGUCACCACCAGACCCACCAGCAUUGCAAGCGGAAAAUCCAUUGUUUUCACAGAAACAACCUCGUACACAAAUUCCAGGCAUUCCUUACAGCAUUGAGCCCGUGCGCAAUCUUCCAACCAGCGGGGAUGAGCCUGAAAACGCCUCAGUUCUGUCAGUACGCCGCUGGAAAUGGCAGGAGCUCAUCGAAAACCUGGACCGUAAGCGCAUCGUCUCGAAGACCAUUUCUGAAAUGGCAUCUAGCGAUCGCGAAUCUAUCCGCACUCGUUGUAUUCACGUUGGAAAACAUAGACUGUCAAGGGAGAUCGCUGCGUGCGUCAACAUGCUACAAAGAGGAGAAUCAAAACUCCAAGGUGUUCUCCAUCGAGACAUGCCAAAAGUUAUUACCUUUGCUAAUUUAUUUCUGUCAUGGUGGCUUUGUAGAGAUUAUUACAAAGAACCAAAUGCUUCUGCGGCAGAGCUUGAAGAGCUGAAGCGCUGUAUAGACGACGGAUCGGCCGAGAUAGCAACCUUCUACGACUAUCUUCAUACCAUUAUGAGGACGACAUUCAGCGAGCAGGCUCUACAGCAUCCUGAGCAGCCAUCACAGGCAGAGAUUAUUGAGAUAUCGGACGAUGAGUGA